UUAUUGGUUCGUAGGCAAUUACUGACUGGAAGUCUAAAGUGAAGGCAAAAGCAGCUGAAUUAAAUAGAGGAUUAACCCAGACUGGAGGAGGUGGUCCAAUGCCCCCCCUAAAUAACAAUGAGCAGAGAUUGCUUCAAAUUAUAGGGUGGACCUCAGUGGAAGGACAUAAUGUCCCAGAGUUGGGAGUUAAUAUAAAUUUACCAGCUGCUAUACAAGAAGCAGUGCCAGCUGAAAUUGAGGAGGAUCCAGCUGCAAUUGUAGAGCAACUAUUGCCUUUGCCUGUAACAUUAUCUCCACCACCAUUAGCUGCAAUCAAAAGAGCAGCUCCUGAGGAAGAGCCAUUUAAGGCAGCAAAAUUGGAACCAAAGAAAAAGAUGAAGAAAUCAUCAAUUAAAAUGUGCAAGAAGAAAUCUGAUAUUCAGAUAUGUCAGGACCAAACCAUGGAUAUUUUAAAUAAAAUAAAUGGAAACCUCUCUAGAAUGGCAGAUGCACAAGAAAGAAUGUGUUCCAUUCUAGAGAAGUUAAGUUUAAAUUAG